CCUCUCAAAACUCUCAAUGGUCAAUACCCGCAUAUCCCAUAAAUACCCCCCUCCACUUCCACACUUCCCACUACAAUAAUCAACAUCUCUUAGCUCAGUCGUCUCUUUCCUUUCUCUUGCCAAAUUCUGUCACGGUACCUAUGGCCAAGGACGUUGAAGUUGGAGGACAAGGCGGUGAGUUCCAAGCCAAGGACUACAAUGACCCUCCACCUGCACCACUGAUCGAUGCCGAGGAGUUUACUCAGUGGUCGUUUUAUAGGGCUAUCAUUGCUGAGUUUAUAGCCACGCUUUUGUUUUUGUACAUCACUGUUUUGACUGUGAUUGGUUACAAGAGCCAAACCGACCCUGCCAAGAACGCUGAUCCAUGUGGUGGUGUUGGGAUUCUUGGUAUCGCUUGGGCCUUCGGUGGAAUGAUCUUUAUUCUUGUUUACUGCACUGCUGGUAUCUCAGGUGGGCAUAUAAACCCUGCUGUGACUUUGGGUCUGUUUUUGGCGAGGAAAGUGUCUCUGGUGCGAGCUAUAUUGUACAUGGCAGCUCAGUGCUUGGGAGCCAUAUGUGGAUGUGGGCUCGUGAAAGCAUUCCAAAAAGCUUAUUACAAUAGGUAUGGUGGUGGAGCCAAUGAGCUUGCUGAUGGGUACAGCAAGGGCACUGGAUUGGGUGCUGAGAUCAUUGGUACCUUCGUUCUUGUCUACACUGUCUUUUCUGCUACUGAUCCCAAAAGGAAUGCUAGAGACUCCCAUGUUCCUGUCUUGGCUCCACUUCCAAUUGGAUUUGCUGUGUUCAUGGUUCAUCUGGCCACAAUUCCAGUCACUGGCACUGGUAUUAACCCAGCUAGGAGCUUUGGAGCUGCUGUGAUCUACAACCAGGACAAGGCAUGGGAUGACCAAUGGAUUUUCUGGGUUGGACCUUUCAUUGGUGCCGCAAUUGCUGCAUUCUACCACCAAUAUAUCUUGAGAGCAGCUGCUGUUAAAGCUUUAGGAUCUUUCAGGAGCACGUCCAACAUAUAAUUGAGAAAAGAAAUUCCUUUAUGCUACUAAAUUUGAGAGUUUCAUCUGGUCCUUGAGGCUUUGGGACCUUGGAAUAUGUACAUUAAUUAUGUAUCUUUGUGUGCUUGGUGCUUGGGUUCAUGGUUUUAUUUGUGCCCAAACCGUUGCUUCCACUCUAUUUUCUUUUUCCCCUUUGUGGCCUUGCACUCAUGAUGAUGUAGACAAAUUUAUGAGCCUUGUGUCAAUUAUAUGAUUUCAAUUGGAAAAUAAAAUUCUUAUAUAUUAAUAUAUGCCAUUGAUGAA